AUGGAGCAGUCCCAGGGACAAGCACAGCCGAUACCAGGCGACCUUAACUGGCGCCUUAGUGCUCAUCCACUCACUCUGCUCUUCUUUCUCGGAUUCAGAAUAGGUAGUCUGCUCAUGUACUUGUUUGGAGUGCUCUUUAUCAAAAACUUUAUCCUCGUCUUCAUCAUCACACUCCUCCUUCUUUCCGCAGAUUUCUAUUACUUGAAGAAUAUUGCAGGACGCCGACUGGUGGGGCUACGAUGGUGGAACGAAGUAAAUAUGCAAACGGGUGAAUCACACUGGGUGUUCGAGAGCUCCGACCCAAAUACCCGUGUCAUCAGCGCCACGGAUAAACGGUUCUUCUGGCUGGGCCUCUAUAGCACGCCAGCCUUGUGGAUUGGACUGGCAGUACUUGCCAUUAUACGACUGCAAAGUGUCAUCUGGUUGAGUCUCGUUGCGUUUUCGAGAUGUGACCGAUUCAGCCAGGCUUCCUCAUUCGCCUCAAAUGCCCUAUCUGGUGGUAUUGCUGGGAAUCUUGCGACCGGCAUGUUUGGAAGACUAUUCAGAUAA